AACUGUUAUUAAUAAUUAUUGAUUCAAGAUGGCGGAUAUUUCUGACGAAGUAAAAAGAGAAACAGACGGAGAAGAAGACUCUGGUGACGAGUCCAAAGACGAUGGCGGCAUAGAGGACCCAGAAGGCAGAACAGUGAAAAUCAGAGACAGUGACAUUGAUGUGGAUUUGACUCAUUGUCGUUUGAGAGCUUUACCAGAUGGCAUUGGAGGACUUUAUCAAGUUCAAGUAUUGUGUUUGAGACAGAACCUCAUUUCUGAUCUUUCAAUGAUAUCAGAUCUAGUGACAUUGACAGAACUUGAUGUAUAUGACAAUGAAUUGAAGGAGAUUGCUAACUUGGACAAAUUAACCAAUCUAACGUUUUUAGAUCUUUCUUUUAAUCACAUUCGCCUCAUAGAGGGUAUCUCUACUCUAACUAAUCUAACUGACCUCUACUUGAUCAACAACAAGCUAACGCUGAUGGAUGGACUGCAGACACUCACCAAUCUUACAUUGCUAGAACUAGGAUCAAAUAGACUAAGAGUGAUCCAAGGUCUAGAGUGUCUGGUCAACCUAGAGAAGCUUUUUCUAGGAAAGAACAAAAUUACAAAGAUAGAAAAUCUCCAGUGUUUGACAAAGCUGCGCCAGUUGAGUCUUCAGGGUAACCGGAUUAAAGUGAUCGAGGGUUUGGAGUCUCUUUGUAACCUUGAGGAGCUUUACCUCUCAGAGAAUAAUAUAAGCGAAAUAACUGGACUGGAGAAUCAGGCAAAGCUUACCAUUUUAGACCUGGCACACAACAAAAUUGGUAGACUUAGCAACAUAUCGCAUUUGACUGUCCUCGAAGAUUUAUGGUUUAAUGCCAACCAAGUCAGUGAUUGGAAAGAGGUCAAUAAUAUCUCUCCGCUAAAGGUCCUAUCUACUGUUUAUUUUGAGCACAACCCGAUUGCAAAGGAUCCUCAAUAUCGUCGAAAGUUAAAGCUCACUGUACCCUCUUUGACCCAGAUUGAUGCCACAAUGAUAAGAUAGGGAAAAGUAGGAAAGACAGGAGGAUUUAUAAUCAUUAUUAUUAUUAUUAUUAUUAUUAUUAUUAUUAUUGAUACAUGGUUUUUGUUGAUUUUGUGUUGUUUAAUGUGCAUUUUAACCAUUAUAGAUUAUUAUUAUUAGCUAA